AUGGUUUUUUACUUUUUGGCGCGCUCCAAAGAGUCGCGCCUGUCCUUUGGCACCGAAGACACCGUUGAAUUUGCUGUUGUGUCCAUCACCUCGAAUGAGGUGCUGGAUGCCCGCUUGCGGUUCACGCGUGCGGGCACGGAAGUCUUAAGGCAAUCUAUCAAAACAGAAGGCUCUGGGGCUUCAGGUCCGGAGGCCUGCAAGCCUUUUGGUGGAGGAAGAGACCUGCAAGGAGCUUCCUUUGUCGAAGCCACCGAAGCAUCGACAGUAGCACCACUGCAGAACGACAAGUGGCGUUCCACCGACACCGCGAAGUCGGCUCCGAAAUGCCGCCGCUUUGGCAACAACCCGCCGUCGCCCGGGGCGCGCGUGAACGUGGCCGUGAGGGUGCGCCCACUAAACGAGCGUGAUUCAGAGACGUCCAGCAUCGUCUGCGUGGGUGACAAUCGGUGCCUCAUGUUAGACCCCAAAGCCGAAGCCGAGUCCUUUAUCUUUCAAGGGCAGCGGACAUGCGCGGGCUUCGACUCUUUCAUGUUUGAUCAGGUCUUUGGUGAAGAUAAGGACAAUCAGUACGUAUUUGAGCGCACCACCAAAGAGAUGCUGACGACGCUUCUUGAUGACUGCAAUUGCUCCAUUUUCGCGUACGGUGCAACCGGAACCAGCAAGACGUUCACGAUGCUGGGCUGCGAGGAUCGUCCCGGGGUGGUCUCCCUGACAGCAAGCAAGCUCUACCGCCGCGUGGGCAAGCUCCGCUCCGAGGGCCAGUCAUGCGACAUGGCGGUCGCCUACAUGAAAAACGAGGUCAUACGCGACCUAAUGUGCCCCAAAGGACCAUCGUUGGUCAUGCGCGACGACCCAGCCAAGGUCAUUGCCAUCUCCAACCUUUCUAUACACAAGGUGAAGGAGUCUGGGGCACUGUUCGAGUUCCUCCUGAUAGGCAACAGGAACAGCACACAGCACGCCACCCAUGCCAACUCGGAGUCGUCGCGGUCCCAUGCGAUAUUUCAGGUUUACGUCACGCAGACGGAGAACGUGACCAGCAUGAGCAAGGGCAUUCGCGUCUCCAAGAUGAGCUUUGUCAACCUAGCCGGCUCGGAGCGUGUAGCUGCCGAAAAAGACAUCAAGAACCGGAUACGCGAGGGCACCAAAAUAAACCUGUCGCUUCUGGUUCAGGGCAACUGCAUUGAUGCCCUCUCCAAGGGUGGGGCUAAGCGGGUUCCGUACCGGGAUUCUAAGCUGACCCACAUCCUGAAAGACUCUCUGGGUGGCACGGGUCGCACGCUCUUGAUUGCAGCCGUGUCACCGUCCAAGCUCAGCUACACCGACACCCACAACACUCUUAAGUAUGCCGAGCGCGCCAUGAAGAUCAAGCUGCAGGCCCAAAAAAAUGUCAUCAACGUCAACGCACACACGCUGAUGUACAGCUCCCUCAUAGAGGAAUACAAGCAAAAGGUGGAAGGCCUUCAGCGCAAGCUCGACAAGGCAGAAAACGAAAAGUCGGAGCUCGAGAUCCAGGUGGUCCAGCUCAAACAGAGUCUCGACGGCCAAGGAUUCCCUGAUCUGAGAUCAACUUACUGA